UUGGUCUGGCAGUGCCACUACAACGCACACACUUUUUCUCUCUCUCCCCCUCUUGUGCAUCACUGUAGCAGGAAGCCCUCUUGCCCUCUCCAUCUCUCCCCCACCCACCGUGCCGACCUAAUCCCUGCAGGGAUGGAGAAGUUCUAAUUCAGAUUCAAGGGCGUUGGACAGGCACCAACUGGCUAGCUGAUUGUGAUUUGGCUUAUUCUGAAAUCCGAAGCUUGAAGCCAUUCUGGGUGUCAGUCAUCAUGAUGAGACAAACUUCUAUUAGGAAUCAAAGGAGCAAAGGGCUAAGGAUAAAAAAUAUCCUUCAGAUUUGCAUCUUGACUGUUAUGUUCUUCUGGUUGCUUUAUCAGCUGAAGCAUUCUUAUGACAAGAAGAAGGGAUUAGACGAACACAAAUCAAGAAUCUCAGACAAUGCCAUUGACAUGGAUUCAGAAUUUGUAGGUCUUGGCCGGAAAGCCCUCCCACAUGACCAUAGCAUCUUUACUCACGAUAAAGUCAGUGACAAGGAUAAAGAAACUGAAGAAAUUGAUAGAGGAGAAGAUGGAGAAUCUCAUAGACGAAUGGAUGAUGAAGAAGCCAAAGAUAUCCCGGAAGAUGGAAUCGAUGAGCUAGAUAAUGAGCAAGAAGAUGACCAGGAUGAUCAAGAGAGGGGGGAUGAGGAAGCUGAGGAUGGAGAUGAUACUGUAAAUGAAGAAGAAAAAGAUGAUCAAAUUGAGGAGGCUGAGUUCCUGGAUGACCAAGACCCUGAGGAUGAUUCUACCCAGGAUGCACAUGAAAAAAGUUACAAAAAUGAUGAUGCUUCUAGUUCUGUUCGCCAGGACCAAGUGAAUGGAACAGAAAUUAGUGAUAUCGGUGUGGACGAGGAUCAACAGAAGAACAAUGAGAAGGAUGUGGAGACGGAAGGUAAAACUGGCAGGAGUAAUGCCACCAAUGACGAUAAUAAUUCCACUAUCACUGAUGUUAUUACCCUAGAAAAAGUCACCAAUCAUAACGAUAGCUUAACUGCAAGCAGAUCGUCUGGUACAAAAAUGGAGCAAGAAAUUUCUCCCAUCAAUCAGACAAAGAAGGAGGGCAACCUUCUUACAGAAGGUGCAUUGGAUAUUCAAGUGAAGUUACAAACUGUGCCACAACUGGCUACUAAUGCAAACAAAAUUGUCAAAACGAAUAAUCCUCCAUCGCUUGCUAAUGAAAUACUUAAUAGGAGCAUAGGUAAUGCUCAAAAUGCCACGAUGUCUUUGCAGACCCCAGCUGAAGCUGACUCCAGCUUAAAAAGUAUAUUUGAGGAUAAGCAUAACAAGAACACAACUUCUGCACUAGAGAAUGUGGAAAAAGACUCUUAGGGUUUCUCUCACUGCCAUUGGUGGCAACGGAGAUGCAGUGGAAGACCAUUCAGCUAAAGAUUCAUGAAUUGUUCCAUCGACCUUACCAACAUCCAAAGCAAUGUAAAGAACAUAAAGCAAGAGGCUGCAGACUAGUGUUCGUGUGGGAUGGAAAAUGGUAGGGGUUUUGUCAUGUAAAAGAUAUAAGUUACUAGACUGCUCUUUCUUACUACUUGUGUUGCUCCUUCUGGUUUGCUUUUGCUCUACUUAAGCUUUUUUAUAUGUAUUGGGUUCGUGCCAAGCAUUCCCGAAGCACAUCUCUAGAUAAGAUCCAGAUGUUGAUGAAAUUAGCUUUAGAGGAACAUACUUGUUUUUUCCUUCUUAUUUUCAUCUGAAUAUUCAGGCAAAUUAAGCUUAUGGAUA